UAUCAGUUACUCGAACAGAUUGAAAUGAUGGAAGUUUGUUCCCGCCAAAUGAAGCGUCAAAGUCAAAUUAAGUCGAUUUGUUUUGAGGUUGUUCAUGUAUUUUGUGCAAGUUAAAAUAGUUUAAUAAUUACGGAUUAAAUCACAUGCGAUUAAUUUAGAUAAAAAUGAAAAUAGAUAGUAGACCCCUAAGAUAUGCUCAUGCAGAGGGUUAUACGGAUGUUUGCUACACUGAAGACGGACAGCAUAUAAUUACUUGCGGCAAUGACGGAGAUGUUCGAAUAUGGGUUGACAUAAAAGACGACGAUCGUAACUCCCAUUGCGUUGGAGAGAGCGCGACAGCGGUGUGUUUUAAAGACAAGAGGCUGUAUGUGGCUACUGAUAAUCAUGCUGUACAAGCUUACACAUUCCCGGCUUUCGACAAGGACGGUAUUGUCACUAGAUUUACUGCAUCGGUAACACAAAUUAUGACAAGCACUAAAAUUGAGGCUUUGGGCUGUACAUCAGAAAACAUGGAAGCAAAAAUAUGUAGUCCAGAAGGAGGUGCUCCUUUAUUUAUGAUGUCUGAACACAAAGGCCCAGUCCUCAGUAUAGCACUGUGUCCACAAAUGAAAUAUUCGUCCACAUCUUGUGGGGACGGCAUGUUGAGGAUAUGGGACAUUGACACACAGAAAAUGGUCAAAGAAAUAGCUUGUGUUCCUAAAAUUAAUACAUUUUAUUCUGCUAAAGUUGUAUGUCGCAUGGAUUUUGAGCCAUCUGAGGGCAGGUACCUGGCUUACCCCAACAACAGGGAAGUGACCUUAUUGGAGUAUGAGACUUGGGGACAAAGGAUGACAUUCACACACAGCUCAAUAAAAUGUGCAAUAUCCCAAUGUCGCUUUUCACCAUGUGGUCAAUAUUUGGCGGCAAGCACCAUAGCCGGGCAGAUAGCGGUGUGGGAAGUACAGUCCGGUACUUGCACGGGCAUCAUCGAGCAUCCCACAUCACAUAAUGUUACAGCGAUAGCAUGGAACCCUAAAGGAAAUGGUGUGUUGGCGUAUUGCGAUGUGUCCGGGCAGCUGGGUGCACUGAUGAAUUGCUAUGGCAAGGACAGCAAGGCUGAUGCUGAUGCGCCUGACGAUGUUGAAAUGGUGGAGAGAGCUGAUGAUGGUAAUGACUUGGACAAUUUGAUCGAAAACUAUAACAGUGACGACGAUGACAACGCGAUAUCGCUAGAGAAGCUCAAGAAUGAAACGCUAGGGUUGGGGACAGUGAGAGACGAAGACGAGUCAAGACCCGUGUCGCGAUACAUGUGCUGGAACGACAUCGGCAUAGUCCGAUGCCACACGCAGGAGAACGGCGAGUCGACCAUCGACGUAGAGUUCCACGACACCAACCUCCACCACGGGAUCAAUCUCAACAACUACCUGAAUCACACCAUGGCCAGCCUGUCUGCGAGCGUGCUGGUGUUGGCCUGUGAAACGUCUAGAUGA